UCGCCGUCGUGCAGACAGUAGUGCAUCGGCAGGAGUACGGUUGGGUGUUUCAGCGCAGGGCAAGGACGCUCCACAGGGCGCAGGAAACUCCACACAGGGAGGUGCGUCAGCAGACGGGGGACUGGUGGCAGCAGCAGGCGUCCCGCCGCUUCAGAACCGCGGCCCGCUCCGCGAACAGCGCCGCAAUCGAUGAUGACAAUGGCCUGGGGAUGGAGCCUGAAUCAUUGCAGGUGCGCGAGUUCAUUGAAAAACUCGUAGAGAAGCUGGUACACGGCGGGCUGGAUGACGUGUGUGUUGGCAAACUCCACUCUCACCCAGACUAUGACCGCAUGUUUGCCUGCCACCACGCGAAUCUGUGUGAAGCUCUUGCCAGGCUUUCAUUUGCUUUGCAGAUGGCAAUUGCCAAUAAGCCUUUACCAGAGGAAGACUCACCAACAGCUGCUCAUGCUGCCCUAAAGAAGUUAAUUCAUAAAAUAAUAGGAGAAGCAAUGACUCUUCCACCUAUGCAGCAGGUGGAUGUUAGAAAAGCAGCUAUGCCAGAGAAUUAUACAACUGAAGAUGAAAUGGCCUUAAAAACCUAUGAAGAUAUAUUAGCAACAGCAAUUUUAAACAAGGUUAUUGAAAAAUACCAGGCUCACAGGUUUCAUAACGGUUCAGCCAUAGAUGGCAACAGCAACAUCCUCAGUUCCAGCUACUCCACAGUGUCCAUGGAGCAACAAACAAAAUACAUAAGUUCUCUGGAGAUAGGAGUAAAGAAGGUCGAUGAUGAAAGUAUUUCAUCAAAAGAUGUUAGUGAAUCUGAUUCAGAUGAAAUACAGUGGAAAAAAUCAGAACUAACAGAUCCCUCACUUUCUCUAACUAUAGAGGAACGUAUUGAGGAGGUUACCACUUAUAGUAAUUCUGAAUGUGAAGAUGACAAUGGUGACUCUGAUGAGAAGUUAUUUGUACCUGAUUUGAAGUUACUGCAAAGACGAGUACCAUUUCCAGAGUUCGGCAUGGAUAUUGUUGAAGGUGAAGCUGCUGGAAAUAAUGAGGAUGGAAAUGAUAACUUUUCUGAUAGUUCAACAGACCACAAGCCAACGGACAUUGUAAGCCCUGUGGAAUCAUGGGAAGAGAACUGGUUGUUCCAGCGUCGGCGCCUAAAGGCUGGUGGAGCGUCAACUCAGAUGCCUGUACCAAUGUUGGUUCCUAACCCGAGUGAGGAAUUCAGAGCCCUAAUUGGGGACAGAGAUGCUGAGGACAUCUCUGACUUAUCAGAGUGCAGUGACAGUGCUUUGGAAGAAACAGUGUUAGCUGAUGUUGAAGAUGAUGAAGACAAAAAUCACGAGGAUGCUCAAGUCAUCAGAAAUAAUGUGCAGCUUCCCGUGCUGCCGGAUAUAGGAGAAACGUCUGAUUUUGAUAUUCUGAAAGAAGAAAGUAUUGAGAUAAAAUCUCAUAGCAACAACAGCAGUGAAUUACUGAUAAGGAUAACGGGACCUGAAGAUGAAGAAGGGAGCUCUACCCUAGAUGCAGAUUUGGAUAUCAGAGAAGCAACAAACUUGGAGCUAAUGAAAGCAUCAAUCGACUGUUCAUCCGAGUUUGGCCAGAAGGACAGUGAAUAUACAGAAGAUUACGAUGCUGUAACACGGCGCCAGAUAGAUAGUUUAACAAACCUGAGUGAACCAGAGUCAACCACACCUCCAGUGCCAAAACCAAGAUCAAUGGUGCCAACUGAUGAGCCUUCGAAUAUAGAUGCAGAGGAACCAUUGGCAGAGUCUGAUGACGCUGUGACUUCUUCUGUAGUGGAUGAGGAGACAUCAGCUCUUGCGGCUCCACCUCGGCCAGGUACAGAAAACUCUGAUGGAAACUGCACGCUUCCUUGCACAGGUACAAUUGCAGAAAGGGAACACAAGAAAUGGGAAACUGCUCCACCUUUGCCAAAUAAUCCAUACUCGCCAGAAAACAUUUCAAAACGACUCAGCAACAGAAUGAAGCUCUCAAGCAGCCAGAGCAGUAGCAGUGAGGCAUCUGUGGAGUUUCCAGACCUACAAGAUGAGAAUAUGGUGCCACGUCCCAUUGCAGAACCUCUCCAUAUUGUCUGUGCUCCACAAGAUCUUGACUUUAAGCGGUACGGGAGAGAUUAUUAUGUAAAUUCCAAAACACCAGAGCCUGAAAAAAAAUCACAGCCACCCAGUCGGCACAUGGCAAGAGAACAAACACCAAGAAAUAAUACAUCCCAGGUCAACAACGUUAGCAUUGCUCAAGUUCGUGAACCCAUUUCUGAAACAAAGAAGGCGCUUGAAGCACAGUGUGAGACUAACAACACGGCAAUGGAAACUUCUGUAAGUGUCAAGGAGGAGGCACCUCAUAAUAACACUGAGAAGGUACCAGUAUCGGACAGAAAGAGUUCUGUUAACUAUGAGAGUGAUCCUGAAAUUCCGGCUCCUGGAACAGUGAUAAGUGAAAUUGCUCGUUGGCAGAGUGUCAUCAAUGAAACUGAACAACUCUGGAUGAAAAAUGCAGAGGCUGUAAUGUCAGACAAUUCCAACAACUUACAUAAAAUUGAAAUUGUGAAAAAUGAUAGCAAAAGCAGAAGUAUUAAUACUAAUAAAAGUGAAAUUAGACCAAAAAUUGCAGAAAUUUACCUUCAAGAGAUUAGCAAAACAAAAACAAAAGAAGACCUGAAUGGAAAAACUGUGAAUAAUGUUGAGACAUAUGAAGAUGAUAUAAACAGUUUACGACAGAACAGGAUUGUGAAAACUAAGGUUUCAAGUAUGAAUCGCCAGGAGAGCAGCAACACACACAGUACACAGAAAGAUGUUGGAGAAGCAUACACACAAGAGAUAAACAGCUUAAGACAAAAUGGAGGAAUUAAGAAUAAAAUUUCAAAUAUAAGUGUUUCAGACAAUAAUAAUAUUAAUGGAACGAGAGGGCUUGAUAACACUGUUGAAGUAAAACAUAAAAUUCAUGAGACAGCAAGGACUUUUGUUCAACACAAUGACAAUACAAAACAAAACGGAAAUGUUAAAAUGAGAACAGGUGCUCAUAAUUAUCAAAUAAACAACAGCAGCAACCCAAAGGAAAAUAAAGUGACAUCUGAAACACCACAACAAACUAUCCAAAAUGGACACAGCAAACGAAAUGUUAAACCAGUGCCAAAACCAAGAACAGAAGGAAACAUUGAUAUAGUUCACUUGAAAACAAAUAUCAGUGAGACAGUUUCACAUAUUGAGAUUGUGAACAAAAGUCCAGAAAUAACUGUUAGCACAGCAUCAGAUAACAGUGAAAGCGAUGUAAAUAAUACAUUUAGACAAGCAAUGAAAGAACGACAUUUACAUUCAUCAUGUAAACAAGAUACGAUGUCGGUAACAAGUGAAGGCAGUAUAAAUUCAUCAGAUAGUGAAGUCUACAAUCUCUUGCCAUCUGUGAAACGAUUAGCCAAACAGUUCCAAGGAAUGCAUGAGAGUGACUCAUCAGCUUCUUCAGUCAAGUGUCCAAGCCCUGUGCCGAUGUGGAAUCGAACAGAUGGGAAGCUGAAGACAGCGUCAACUCCAGAGAGACUCACCCCAGAUGCAACCCCUCCUAUGGAGGGCCCCAUGAGUGGAAGACACAACCUAAGCCCAAAUCAUGCAACGCGAGAGGUACACAGCCUGACAGCAAGGAGUAUCUCCAGGGAGUUUCGUGAAGGCCUCAAACGAAACUUGCCAGCGCAGAUGGAUCGAAACUUGUACACUCAUGGACAUGAUUCGAGCCAGUCUCCACCGAGAAGCAUUCAGAGGAACAGUGUGAUUAGACAGGAGGAUGACUCAACACCUGGAUACACUUCAGAUGACAGCAGCUUCCUCUCAUCCUCACCUCCAAAUGAACUGCAAGUGGAACAGAAGACUAUAUCAGUUUCAAUGCCGUCUCUGAACGAAAAGCCUAGGGCAAAGACUUUGCAAUCUAGCAUCGCAUUUUGGGAGCAACUGCAACAUAAAUGAACAUCAAUACUGUGAAAUCCACUCAUCCUACUGACAUUACAAAAGCUUAUACGAUUUGUUUCGCAAACAUCUUGAUUUACCGAGUACCAUUACAUGUGGUAUCUCUUCAUAUCUGAGAUUAUGACAUACUUGUAUAAUCAUAAAUAAACUGCCCAUCAGUAUUACUUUUUCUUCGCCAUGUAUACUGAUAGAUAUUACACAGACCACUUUAUUUUCCAAUUACUUCACAUUCUCUGUGUAAUUAAAUAAAUGAGUGAAAAAGUGACCAGAUGCUUUAAGCAUAACUAGCCACUCAUAAGGUUUCCUUUUAUAGACAAAUCUCUGUGAACUUUGAAAAUCAUAUAUUUUAUUUCUGGAUGAUCUUUCAUUAUUUCACAGUGAUACCUUAUCAUUCAAGACUGUUAAUCAAUGAAGUAGUAUAGUUUGUAAGUGCCAAACAGAUAUUAUUGUUUUACUUCUGAAAGAUUCCAAAGAUUAUGUGCCUUUGUAAACAGGUGUAUUAGUACACAAUGUGUAUAUUAUGUAUAUCAU